AUGCUCUACAAGGCCCCCUGCCACUCCGAGAAAGAAACCCUCGAAGGGUUUCCUCUCCGCAAAUUUGUUCGCCGAAUUGCAGUGCGGUCGUCCACUGGCCCCCGCUGGUCCAGAGACACUGCAGCAGCAGCAGCAGCAGCAGCAGCAGCAGCAGCAGCAGAAGGAUUAUUAACAGCAGUAGAAGCAGCAGCAGCAGCAGCAGCAGCAGCAGCAUUAGUAGCAGUAGAAGUGGCAGUAGUAGCAGCAGCAGCAGCAGUAGCAGCAGCAGUAGAAGCAGCAGCAGUAGCAGUAGCAGCAGCAGCAGCAGUAGCAGCAGCAGCAGCACCAGGAAUAGUAUCGACAACAGCAACGGCAGCAGCAACAGAAGCAGUAGCAGCAGCAAUAGCGGCAGUGGUAACACCAGUAGCAGCAGCAGCAGCAAAUAGUGCUACUUGUGCUGCUGCUGCUGCAUGUGCUGCUGCUGCUGCAUGUGCUGCUGCUGCUGCUGCUGCUGCUGCUGCAUAA